UUAAAAAGAGUAUCAAUGAGUUUCUUGCCACUAAUCAUUACUGCUCACCUUAUUCGUAGUUCCGUUCUUCUACAUCAACAUACUGUACGAAUCAUAAUGGCUUGGGCUGCAUUUUUUCUGGUGGCUAUGGUGGUCAGUUAUGUGGAGGGGACUGCGGAAGUUAUGAGCCAUGUCACUGCCCACUUUGGGAAAUCUUUAGAAGAAUGUCGGGAAGAGUCUGGAUUAAGUCCGGAAGUCCUGGAAGCAUUUCAACACUUCUGGAGUGAGGACUUCGAGGUGGUGCACAGGGAGCUGGGGUGUGCUCUCAUCUGCAUGUCCAAUAAGUUCUCCCUGAUGAAUGAUGAUGCAACGAUGCAUCACGUUAACAUGCAUGACUAUAUCAAAGGUUUUCCACAAGGUGAGCUGCUCUCAGAGAAGAUGGUGGGACUGAUACACAACUGUGAGAAACAGUUCGAUGACGUCAAGGACGACUGCAGCAGAGUGGUGAAGGUCGCAGCCUGCUUCAAGGUGGACGCGAAGAAGGCAGGGAUCGCGCCUGAGGUGGCGAUGAUUGAAGCCGUCAUGGAGAAAUACUAGGCGGGAUAUUAACAAGAUAAAAACAGAAACACUGGCAUGAAAAAUGUAUCAAAUUAGUUAUUGUAUUAAACAUGUUUUCGUCGCAUAUUA